AUGACUGAGGACUGCGCGGGCGCGACCAUCCCCUGGAUCGCGGAUCCUGUGCACGGGCUGUGCGGCCCGUUCCGGCGGAACGUGCAGGUGCUGCUCGGCGGGCUCGGCAGGGAGCACCGUGUGCAGGGCGGCGCCUGGCGCGGGCGGGCCUGGACCCUGGCCCUGGCGCCCGGCCGCCCUCUGCACGUGUACGAGGAGCGCUUCGACAGCGGCGAGCGCGGCGGAUGCGAGCAGUGCCGCUGCAACG